AUGAAUCGUUCCAGACUUCUACUUCCUCUCAGAACUCUAACUUCAAAGCGCUCUCUUAAUGGCAAGCCACAAUUGAACAUAAAUGGAAUCGCAUACGAUACGCAUCCUGACUUCACAAACGUAUCAAGCACGAUUUUAAAUUUGAGUGACCGCUCGCAGCAUCUAAAGUCCGCUCAUCCAAUUGGGAUCUUAAGAAAACAAAUCGAAGAUAAAUUGAACUCGACAUCUAAUUCUUAUCAGCUUUACAACGAUUUCCGUCCCGUGGUCACAGUUGAAGAAAACUUUGAUUCACUUGGUUUCCCGCCAGACCAUCCAGGAAGAUCUAGAAGCGACACUUAUUAUGUCAACGACAAACACCUGUUCCGAACGCAUACAUCUGCUCACGAAUUGGAGUGUUUUGGUAAUAUCCAGGGAUUUUCGCCCAAAACCACAACAAAAACCUCUACAGAAAAACCGGGAUUUCUGAUCACUGCAGAUGUGUAUAGGAGAGACGAAAUCGACAGAACACAUUAUCCCGUGUUCCACCAAAUGGAGGGUGCCCGUGUAUGGAAAAGAUCCUUCGACAAGCUUUCCGAGGGCCACGAACCGCUGCACAUCCAACAAAUACGCGAUGAUCUACGUAAGCUGGAAAAACAACUACGUGAAGAAAGCAGCAAUUUGGUAGUGGAGGACGAGAAAAACCUAGAGGGCAACCCAAAACAAGAAUACAUGUCGGAUUUGGAGGUCGAUCUGUGUUCCCAGCAUCUCAAAAGGACUAUCGAGCUGUUGGUCGCCCAAGUUUUCAACAAAAGGCUACAAUCGAUAGACUGCAAAGACAAGAAAGAUGCCCAGCUUCAAGUUCGGUGGAUCAAAGCUUAUUUCCCAUGGACCGCGCCCUCAUGGGAGAUCGAGGUCUUUUGGAAAGGUGAAUGGCUUGAGCUUUGCGGGUGUGGUCUCGUCCGCGAGCAGGUUUUGCUUAAUACCGGAUACAAAAAGGACUCUACAAUUGGCUGGGCCUUUGGACUUGGACUCGACAGAAUUGCCAUGCUACUAUUCGAGAUCCCAGACAUCCGUCUUUUCUGGACCCACGACGAUAGAUUUCAUUCACAGUUCCGCGAGGGCCAAAUAACAAGAUUUCAGCCUUAUUCCAAGUACCCGGGAACUACCAGGGACGUUGCUUUCUGGCUUCCGGAACAAAAAGAAGCUUCUGUUAUUCACGAGAACGAUAUUAUGGAGAUCGUACGGGAAGAGGCAGGUGAUAUGGUCGAGAGCGUGAAGCUAAUCGAUCAAUUCACGCAUCCUAAGAACAACAAGAAAUCGGUUUGUUACCGCAUCAAUUAUCAAUCGAUGGACAGAAACCUAACUAACGAGGAAAUUAACAAAAUUCAAGAAAAUGUGCGCAGCCAAUUGGUUCAAAAUUACAAAGUAACCUUGCGUUGA